UUACGAGGUGUCCCUGAAUGCAACAGAAACCCGUUUACGAUAUACGGAGUCAACUAUCACCCGAAGAGGAGCAGCGUGAAUCUCAAAAUGGUCCAGUAGGAGCGGAGGAUGCAAGCUAUGAGUCAAAGUAGUUCCUGUCUUUGGACUAAGCUCCCCCAGAACAGCUGGUCCCCAUGUGACCGCUACAAGCACGCCUGCUGCAGCUAUGAUGGAAGUGUCUACAUCCUGGGAGGCAGAGGCAGCAGCUGUCUGAGGGACUUCUGGAGGUACAGUGUGGUCUGUAACGAGUGGACAGAGUUGAGCUGCACCAGUGAAGCUGCACCAGAAGAGCUAGAGGAACAUACUAUGGUGGCUCAUGAGGGCUUCCUGUAUGUGUUUGGAGGCAUGUUGGAUUCUGCGUACACAAAGGCCAGCUGUGCCCUUUGGGUAUUUGACGUUGCAAAGCAGAAGUGGGUGCAGUGGCAGGGAAAGACAAGCUCCCGUCAGACUCAAAUGCCAACCAACAGAAAAGGACACAGUGCUGUGGUGGUUGGCUCUGCCAUGCUGCUGUAUGGAGGUUUAGUCGACAUAAAAGGAUCAUCACAGGACUUCUGGAGUUUGGAUUUUGAUACCAUGGCUUGGUCCCUGCUGGAUGGUUCUCAGCAGGGCUCGUUUGGCCCCGGCCCCAGACACAGUCACUCAGCCAUGGCCUACCUGGACUGCAUGUACCUGUUCGGGGGUUUGAAAGGCUUGCGGGAGCAGAGAGACUUCUGGAAGUGGAAUUCCAGUAGCCACAUGUGGACUCUCCUCAGGAGCAAGUCCGGCCCCUCCAGACUGAUGGGUCACUCAGCUGUGGCCUACAAAGACAGUAUGCUUCUUUUUGGAGGGGGCGAGAGCCUGAACUCUCCAGAGAACUGCCUUUGGAGGUUUAGCUUCACCACUCAGACCUGGGGGCAGGUGGCCACUCUCCAAGGCUCCAGCCCCCCAGACAAGAUUCACCACUGCUGCGCUGGACUGGGUCCCAGCUACAAGUCCAACACCAGCUCCGGACUCCAACCCAGGCUACUGGAUGACAAACUCAGGCCCUUCAAGAAUAAGUGUUUUCCUGCGCCCCUCACCUUUCUGGGCUCAGAGGGAGCUAUAGAGCUGGAGACCUUCAGCCUGGACAAGUGCUACAGCAGCAAACUGACAAAACCCUCAGAACUGAACAAUAGCAAUGAGGGCAGAAUGGGGAAAGAUGCACAGCAGGUGGGAAACUGUUUGACCUUUGAGAACAAAGCUUUCAGCAAACAGUGGGGCUGCACAGAGGAAGACCUGCUGGAUGAGGAGGAUGGUGACAUAGUCCAGCACCUGCCCGAUCUGCUGCUGGUCCUCGGAGGAAGACCCUGCUCCAGUCACAGCCCCAUGUCCAUAUGGCAAAUGACCCUGGGCGACUCAUAACAGCCUCGGAGAAACAAACUGGACAGACUUUUUCUUCAUGUGAGAAGAAUGAAAAAAUGAAAAAAACAGUAUUAUAUUACAAAUAUAUAUAUAUAUAUAUGUGUAUAUAUGUAUAUACACACAUAUACACACCACUAUAAAAUCGAUUGUGUUUAAAGGGUUUACUGGGUUUACUGACUUUCUGUAACAAGAAAAAAACAUAGAAAUAUUUCUAUAAUAGUUAUUUUUGUGAUGUGAAUUUUUUGCAUUUGUCACACAUUUUUUGCAGUACACAAAUAAAUGAUUGGAAAAUGGCAUUGAGAAAAGCUGUGAAGUCACAUUAAUAAUUAAGUAAGCAGUAGUCUAAUUAUGAAACCAAUACACACACAAAAACCAGGAAUCACCACUGCACACGGUGCUGCUGUGACAGUCUGCUGUUAAUUUCUACUGAAGGUCUGUGACACAGUCGCCUUCACAUGGGAGAUGAAGAACACUGCCUGUAAUACAAACUGAAUAACACAUGAUGGUGCCAGAGCUCAACCUUGUGUUGCCUCUCUGUCUACCAGUAACUGCUCUGUUAUAAAUCAGGCACAGUGACUCACAGGCUUUUGAGUCGACCAAGUGAAAAGUACAGUUGUAGCUCAUCACACGCAACCAGUCAGCACAUGAAGAAUCAGUCUUUCAGACAUCCCUCUGAACAGAGAUGUGAUUUCGUUGGACUGGGAGGAAUUCAUUUGAGCACAGAGUCAGUUUCAGCCUCACACUUUUUCAUUAAAAUAAAACAUUCAAAAAGAAUUCUGACUUAACCCUUAAUGUACCAUUUAUUUCCUGUUAUGUGAUGGACAAGUCUGGUGACCAAUGUAGUGUUUUUGUUUCUUGUCUUGGAUUCAGUCACAUACAUGUCCCACUGCCAGAUAUACAGUAUUCACUAGAGGAGUGGUUCCUGACCAUAUAUAUAUUUAUUUAUAUACACACACACGCACACACACACACACAUAUACAUAAAUAUAUGUACACACACACACGAUAGGAACUUUUAUGUUGUCACCAGCUGAAGCACAUUAUAUACUUGUUUCUAUCUCAAGUCUGAUUGCACACUAAAAGAUCACAUCCAUGGAGUAUA